CCCACGUGCACCUCGUGAUGAGUCAUGAUGUUUCACACAAAAGUGUGCAAGCUGAUAGUCAAUAUAAAAGUGGCGUCGGGUUGGCAUCAUUUCCAAAAACUAAAAGUGUCACCAUGGGCAGGAUUAUUUUCUACGAGGAGAGGAACUUCCAGGGUCGCUCAUAUGAUUGCAGCAGCGACUGCGCCGACAUCCACAUGCACCUGAACCGCUGCAACUCCUGCAGAGUGGACAACGGGUGCUUCGUGGCGUACGACAACCCCAACUUUAUGGGUAAUCAGGCCUUCUUGAAGAGAGGGGAGUACUCCGAUUUUCAGCGCAUGGGGGCGGGCACGACGAUGAUGGAUACCGUCCGCUCCUGUCGCAUGAUCCCCAUGCACAGGGGGCAGUUCAGGAUGAAGAUCUACGAAAAGGAGAACUACCAAGGCCAGAUGCACGAGCUGAUGGACGACUGCGAGUCUCUCCAGGACCGUUACUCAAUGUCUGACAGCCAGUCGUGCAACGUGAUGGACGGCCACUGGCAGAUGUUCGAGCAGCCCAGCUACAGAGGACGGAUGAUGUACUUGAGGCCGGGAGAGUACAGGAACUUCCGAGACAUGGGAGGGAGCAACAUGAGAAUCAGCUCCAUCAGGCGCAUCACCGAUUCGUGCUGAUUGACGUUCAAUUAAAGAAGACUGUGGUUGAAAAAUAAAAAUCCGAUUUUGAAAUAUC